AUGACGACUAGUUUUACUGCUCUGGUUGAGAAUGUCAUCACCUGUCCCGUAUGUUUGAGACAUUUUGAUGAACCACGUAUGCUACCCUGCAAGCAUACAUUCUGUUUCGAAUGCAUUCAACAAAUGGCCUCGAAAAACAACGGUCUGUUGGAAUGUCCGAAAAGGGAUGGAAUGAAGGUCGAAGGUAAUAAUAUCAAUGCAUUACCUCCAAACCAAACGGUCCGGGAUCUUAUUCAACUGUUUAAUCAUCCCGAGCCAGCUUCAGUUCCAUGCCAUGGAUGUGCCACCAAUGAAGCUGAAUAUUGGUGUGAUAGUGAUUGCAAGCAUAGCUUCUGCUCUAACUGUUGGGAUACCAUUCAUGGAGUGGAUCAAUACCGCAAUCAUAGGAAGCUUCACGUUGGAGACAGACCUCGCGAAGUAGCUCAAUGCCAAGGUCAUGGUGAUCAUUCAAUACAAUUUUGGUGCGAACAAUGUGCGAGAGAGAUUUGUGGCGAGUGUCAACAGACACAACAUAGGGGUCAUUCGCCGGUUGAAAUUACUGCGUAUGUGAAGACAAUAGAAGAGCAGUGUGAAGGUAGUUUGGAAGGAAUUCAGGCGUCUUUGAACUACCGGUCGGAUCGAGCGGAUAAAAUGAUUAUCGAAGUGGAAAAAGAAAGGGAAUUGAAUGAAAAACAGGUUUGUGAAACCAUGCGAGAACUUCGCCGUCGGAUCGAAGAACGGGAGGAGGCUUUGCUGGGUGAAAUUCGUCUAGUAGAGACGACCGAUAAAAGAAGGAUCGAAGAACAUAAACUUUCGCUUCAAGGCGAACAACAGAAUUUAAUUGAACAGGUGUUCAAUUUUGCUGUUGUUUCCAAAGAUAAACGUCCGCAAAGACUUUUGGAUGCGAGACGACCGUUUGAAGAUUUUAUAAGAAGGACAGACGCGAGGCUGUUAGAACUGAAACCAUUAUCGCGGAUCAAAAAUCAUGUCGCAGGUCUCGAAGAUUUGGCUAAUCUACACAAUCAAAUUAAAAACAUUAAACUGGAACCGGUACCAAGACACAGGCAUCAGGUAGUUGACCAAAAGAUCGCUGAUAGCGCGAACAGUGCAACGCUCGACCUAAACUCAUCGCAGCUCACUGAUCUAGAAAUGGAACUCGUGGCCAAGGGAUUAGAAAUCAGCAGAACCCUUACAACGUUGAAAUUGUAUGCCAAUCAAAUUAGUGAUCUGGGAGCACAGUAUUUAGCUGAUGUUCUCCGAACGAAUCAAACACUCACUAAUCUGGAAUUGCAUAACAACAGAAUCGGAACUGAUGGAUUGGAACACCUGGCUGAUGCACUACGAACAAACAAAACACUAAAGACAUUGACUUUAUAUCAGAAUAAUAUCAAGAAUGAAGUAGCACAAUGUGUUGCGGACGGACUUAAAACUAAUAAAGAAAUGGAAACUCAGAUUCGAAAUGCUAACAAUGUACCUGUACCAAGAUACCAAAAUCCACAACUGUCGCAAAAGAUUGCUAACAACGGAAAUAACGUUAUAUUAGAUUUAUCUGGUUCCAGACUAACUGAUCAAGAUAUGGAAAUUGUAGCUGAGGCGUUGAAAACGAAUACGGUGAUCACUAAAUUAUUUUUGAAUGAUAAUCAAAUCGGACAUAUUGGAGCACAAUACCUAGCCGAUGCUUUACAAUCAAAUAGAACACUAAAGGAACUAUAUCUACAUCAGAAUCAAAUUGGAGAUGUCGGGGCACAACAUAUUGGUAAAGCAUUGGAAACUAAUCGAACACUAACUUAUUUGAAUAUCCACACCAACCAAAUCGGACCUAUCGGAGCUGAACAUCUGGCAGAAGCAUUGAAAGUUAACACAGUGUUGAAGGAGUUGAAUUUAUAUAAUAAUCAGAUUGGAGACAUCGGAGCAAGACAUUUAGCCGACGCGUUAACGAGAAAUCAAACACUUGAAAUUUUGGAUCUUCGAAGUAACCAGAUUGGUGAAAAUGGCGCUCAGCAUCUAGCAAAUGCUUUAACAGUCAAUAGAAGUUUAACUAUCAUCGAUUUGGGUGUAAAUCAAAUCGGAGAUAAUGGAGCACAAAAAUUAGCUGAAAUGUUACGAACAAAUCAAACACUGCAGCAGCUUUGGUUACAUAAUAAUCAGAUCGGAGAUGGUGGAGCUCAGCACAUCGCAAAUGCUUUAACAACUAACCAAACUCUUAAAGAAGUUUAUCUCGGUGCUAAUGCAAUCACAGAUGUUGGAGCACAACACUUCGCAAAUAUGUUAGAGAACAAUCGAACUCUCACUGUUUUGGGUCUUGGCUCGAAUAGGAUCGGAGAUGAUGGAGUGCAGCACCUUGUCCGAUCACUAGAACACAACACAACACUUACUCAAUUGGGACUUUAUCAAAAUCGAAUUACCGACACAGGUGCGGAGUAUUUAGCUAAUGUUCUUCGAACUAAUCAGACGUUAACUCACCUUGGUUUGGAAGCAAACCAAAUUAAAGAUACUGGAGCACAGCGUAUUGCCGAAGCAUUGAUAAGAAACCAGGUUCUUACCGUUCUGUAUUUGGGUGGAAAUCAAAUUACAAACACAGGAGCAGAACAAUUAGCCAAUGCGCUGAAUAACAAUAGGACAUUAACGCAUCUAUAUCUACAUGAAAAUCAAAUCAAGGAUGAGGGUGCACGGCACCUCGCUGGUAUGCUGACUCAGAAUCAAGGACUCAAGGAGUUGUAUCUUUCUGGUAAUCAGAUUGGAAAUGACGGAGCACAACAGUUGAGCAACGCAUUGGGACAGAACAGAACGAUACAAGCUAUAUACCUAGUUGGUAAUAACGGUAUCUCCAAUGCAACCAGAACCAAUAUACAACGACAACAACCACGGAUCAAAUUCUCUUAUUGA